UCUUAGCAACGGCUGGAAGCGUUGUUGACAUCCCAGGCUGCAGUAGCGCGGGACUGAACCCAGAGUUUCGUGGCCAGCGCGAUGGCAGAGGUGGAGGAAACCCUAAAGAGGAUACAGAACCAUAAAGGGGUCAUCGGAACGAUGGUUGUAAAUGCAGAAGGCAUCCCGAUCCGAACCACCUUGGACAACUCGACAACCGUGCAGUACGCAGGCCUGCUCCACCAGCUGACCAUGAAAGCCAAGAGCACCGUACGCGACAUCGACCCCCAAAACGACCUCACCUUCCUGAGGAUCCGGUCGAAGAAGCAUGAAAUCAUGGUCGCCCCAGAUAAGGAAUAUCUCCUGAUUGUCAUUCAGAAUCCAUGUGAAUAGCUCCGCUGCAACCGAGUCCACCCUGCGACGCUGGGUUGAAAACACUGUACUCCUUAAUGGUGACUACGAUUCUAUUCCCAUAUAACUUUGAUCCUUUGGACAUUCUUUUCUAUUUUUUGCAUGUAAAGCAUUGUACACUUCUUGUCUGUCCCCCAUGAGUGUAUUGUAAAGUUCUGAUUUAGCUAUAUAAUACAUAAAUUCUGGUG